AUGUCAAGUAUUGCUAAUCAUUUGUUUUUCUCUAUGGGUUGCUGUCUUUGCAAAUUUUUCCGAAAGCGGAGAGAACCGACUGUCUCCAUCACCGAUGAACCCAGACCCCAGUCAUUCACCAUAGACGAGAAGGAUCUGGAAUUUUUGGUUAUAAUUGAGAAUGGAGAUUUCGGCACUGUCAAGAAGGCUAUUGUGACCAAGAAGAACUCAGGGACUCAGCUGAAUGUAUUAAUUAAAUAUAACGAUAGACCCCACGACAAGAGUCAAUUUAAACAUCUGCUCAAUGAGAGAGAUAUUUUGUGCUCUUUAGAUUCCCAUCCGAAUAUAGCCAGCUUGAUUGGUUUGGUUCCAGCUAGAAACUGGAUAAUCCUAGAAUAUGCUGAUGGUGGAAAUCUGGUGUCCUAUCUCCGUCGCCACUUAGAAGUAUUCAAAGACCAAAUUGUCUACUCGUCCUCCGGAAACUUAAAAGGGUAUAUGAACUUCACAAAUCCUCCUUGUAAAACCGACGAGCUCAAAAGAGCCGAAAUGAGUGAUGACCUACAUUCUUUGUGCACAAUUGAUCUUUUCGCGUUUGCAUAUCAAAUUGCUAAUGGAAUGAAGUACUUGGCAAGUGUAAAGUGCACCCAUCGCGACUUAUGCCUUUCCAAUAUUCUUUUGACAAACCGAAAGACUAUUCGAAUUGGAGAUUUUCGGUUGGCUAGGAAAACAGAAGAGAGUGGCUACUAUAGGAUCGUCAAGCAAGUUGAAUCAUUAAGAUUGCUGUGGACGGCACCAGAAACAAUUGAAAAGAAUACAUCAAACGAGAAGUCCGAUGUUUGGUCGUUUGCAGUUUGUCUCCAUGAGCUGUUCUCAUUAGGAGAGGCCCCAGAUGCAGGUGUCAGAUUUGAAGACUUUCAUGUUUUUCUGAAAAGUGGUGGAAGAUUCAAUGAGCCAGCAUACUGUCCUCCACGAAUCUACACUUUUAUGCUAUGGUGCUGGAAAAUGGACCCUGAAAAGAGGCCAACAUUUUCAGAAUGCUUCGACUUUUUUUGCACCAAUAUCAACAGUUAUGAUAUUCACGUAAUUUUUCGUUCGAUGUUUCUUGCAAAAAAAUUUGUUUCAGAUGACAAAGCGAAUUGA